AUGGCAGAUGCAGCUCUUCGCGAAUCUGGGUUCAUUGGACGUAUUGUCAAUAGUACGUCUCAGGAUUUUCAAGACUUGCUACGGCGUUUCUCGGCUGUCGCGGAACGGAGAGCCAAAUACAUCGUCUUCCCGGCUUCAGCGCAAGACGUCUCACGGGCCAUUAAAUUUGCGACUCGAGAGAGGUUGACUAUAGCCGUGAAAGGCGGCGGUAACCACGCCAGUGGCGCCAGUAGCGUUGAGGAUGGUCUUGUUAUCGAUCUCGGCAACCUUAACGGUAUCUCUGUUGAUAGAAAUAAAGAAGAAGUAACAGUCGGCGGCGGAUGCCGCUGGGGAGACGUGUACUCGACGCUGCAAAAGCACGGUCUCGUUUGCAUUGGAGGUGGCGUGCACAUUGUUGGGGUUGGGGGCCAUUUGACCGGAGGCGGCUGGGGGCCACUGACGGGAAAGUACGGCAUGGCUUGCGAUAAUAUACUGUACGCCACAGUUGCACUUGCUGACGGACAGAUCGUCUCUACGAGCGCCACUAAAAAUCAAGAUUUAUUCUGGGCUAUCAAAGGCGGAUCUUCUCAAUUCGGUGUUGUAACCGAUUUCGUUCUUCGAACAUAUCCUGAGCCGCCACUUAUCGUACUCAAUUUUACUGGCGUCGGGGAGCCGGAUCAAUACAACGAUGUGUGGUCAUCAUUUCGCGAAGCAGCUAUCCCAUCCGUGGAGAAGACAAUUGGAGAUCUUUCCAUAUUCGAUAUCUCCCAUUCUUUCGAUGACACUUUGCUGCAAGGGCCGCCUCGUGUGAUGAAUGCUGGUUGCGUCGUUACGGAGCUUUGGCCGGGAAUGGGAGAAGAGCUCUGGGAAUCUUUCAUACAUUACACGAAUUCCAACUCCGACGUGAUUCACUCUAUGGUCGCCCUCGAAUUCCACGCAACACGAAGACGAUGUCCGGUAAUAUAA